CACGUUUUUCUUCCAAAACCCACUUGGGGGUCGAACAGCUCUGUCUAGAUUUUUGUUGGGAGCAGCUCGGGACACCCUAGUAUAUAUUGACACUCAAGGCCCACCAUGAGGGAUGCCAACGUUUUUGCAUUCCGGAAGGCCAUGCCUCGAAUGAGCUGGUCUCCGCGUAACCUCUACAACCUCUGGAGGCGCUCCUGCGGGGCCGAGGCCAAGGCCAUUGAUUUCACCCGCUCGCCUAUGACGCUCUUUCAACAGCGUUGGAUCUCGAAAGCACUCGUGCGUGCGUACCACGGCGACUUCAUAAACGAGAAAAUAUUCAAGCGGUGGUACCUCCCUGACACCCUUCCUGACGUGCGGCCUCGUCAGCACGCGCUGUCUAGUAGUGGUGAUCUCGACGCGUUCGCUGGACGUACCGAACAGCUGGAGAGAGCGAAGAAGAAAGCAUAUGAUGAGCAAAGGAAAGGCUUGGCUCCUGUGGGCAGUUUGAUGCUUGCAGAGGUGGAGCGACGCAUUGAUGUGUUCAUCUUCCGGUGCUGCUUUGCGCACAGUGUCUAUGAGGCACGGAGACUUGUCAUUCAUGGAUCCAUCCUGCUCAAUGGCAAGAAGCAUACGGAUGCCAAUACACGUUUAGCCCCAGGUGACAUGAUUUCCGUUGACCCUGCAGCCAUUCGUUUCCUCCAAGAGCCCGGGUCUUCUAUGGCAGAGUCCGAAGGCGGACAACCCCGAGACCCGGAGCCUAAAACCGAGUCCUUGGAUCCUUCCCAUACCAAUCCUGCUGCAAAACUUACAUCUACAAAGCCCUCGUUAACGCCUUUCCACCUCCCACCAUAUGCGUCUCCUUUCAUCUUCAUCCCUGCCUAUGCAGAGGUCUCCUUCCCCACCUGCAGCGCUAUAUAUGUGCGCCACCCAACGGCACGCCCGGGAUACAGCGAAAUUCCAACACCCUAUGACGCCGAUGGUGAAGUUAUUCGGCUGGCAUGGGAAUGGUAUUCAAAGAUGCGUCCAAGGACGAGGAGUAAGAGCCAGAUGGCAAGGGAACCAGAGAACCGUAGAGUCGGCAGCCAGUAGGUGUGUCGUGGUCAGGAUACGUCACGAUGCCACAUAGGGUUUUCGGAUAAAUUCGAUUAAUGCUUGCCUGUUGCUCACUCACCAGGUCGCAUCUUGCUGCUUGGGAUAUACUGAGAGAUCAAUCCUCGUUUUGGCUUUCCAGUGAUGACUGUCAUGCCUAGAUUCUAG